GAAAAUAACUGACUGAUGCGCACGGAGAGGCUUGUUAAGCAUGCGCUUUUUCAGUUAGAUUUAAUACUCAACGUUUCCAUGUUGAAAAUGAUGCUUGUAUUUAGUAUAAUAGACGGUGUUUCCCUUUAACAAUAUCGGCGUGGAUUAGCGUUAGCAUGCAGUGCAAUGUGCCUGACUUUGUCGGCAGGGAGGGACUGAUUGACUGAACGUCGUUCAUUCAUACUUCGCACAAUGAAAGCAGCUGAAACUGAAGAUCAACAGGCUGAUGGUCAGGUUGUUGCAAAUCCUGAGCAGUAUAUCAAACAUCCUUUGCAAAACAGAUGGGCCCUAUGGUAUUUCAAAAAUGACAAGAGCAAAAGUUGGACAGAGAACUUGCGUCUUAUUUCCAAGUUUGACACAGUUGAAGACUUUUGGGCGUUAUAUAACCACAUACAGCAACCAAGCAAACUUGGCUUUGGUUGUGAUUAUUGCUUAUUUAAGGAUGGGAUUAAGCCAAUGUGGGAAGAUGAGCGGAAUAAGCUGGGGGGUCGAUGGCUGAUGACUCUCAACAAGCAACAGCGGCACAAUGACCUCGAUCGCUACUGGAUGGAAACGCUCCUGUGUUUAGUGGGUGAGUCAUUUGACGAGGCAAGUGAAGAUGUGUGUGGAGCUGUGGUCAACGUCAGACCUAAAGGGGACAAAAUAUCCAUUUGGACAAGCAACUGCCAAAACAGGGAAGCCAUCAUGACGAUAGGGCAGCUUUACAAAGAGCGUCUGAACCUCCAUAUAAAAUCCCUGAUUGGCUACCAGUCACAUGACGACACGUCCAGUAAGAGCGGCUCCACCACCAAGAACAUGUACUCCGUUUGAAAAACCUUCCCCUGUUUCCACUUGCUGUAGAUUUAAACAAUUACCAGUCUGCAUCAUCACAUUAACUUUUUGAGUUAACUACUAUAGUGUACUUUUUUUCUUUUUUUUUUGCAAACAAAUAUUGUUCAUAGUGUGUACAGGAACCCGGCUGGGUGGAGAGUCUGGCUCAAGAUAUCUUAACUGAGCAAAAGAACAUAAAUGUUUUCCAUUUUAGAGUUGAGUUCUGUGAGUUAUAUAGUGACCUCCCAUAGCUAUGCAGAGAUGCUUUGUCAGUACUUAACUACUUUGAAAUGGGAAAGAAACCCCUUAACUUUUUAAGGCCUUAUUCUUUCCUGAUUCUGAGUUCUACAAGAAAAGAUUAUUGACACAUUUUCGUUACACAGAGAAAGUUUUAAGGACAGAUUUUAACUUGAUUUAUCCAGGAGCGUAGAGCAUGCAUCAGAAUGAAGAAUAAACAGUAUCUGAAAGGUUUGGAAAAGCUGUGGCCACACUCCAAAGUGGAAGGUUUUUAUUUAAGGCCACUUAUUAUUUCAGCCACGCUGGAAUUGUGGAAUACUGCUUGUAGUAUUUUUUGUUUUGUUUUGUUUUCUUCCAUUUACAUUUAUUUAUAAUGUAUGCAUUGCAGUUACUUAGUUGAAAAACACCAAUGAAACUUUUUUUUUUUUUUUUUUUUGGUUAAAGUUUUUAGUAAGGACUACUGCAUAUAGAUAACAUUUCACUUUGUUCCAUACAGUAAAAUGCUGACAGGUGUGCUUUUCACUGUUCUCUUCCUAACAGCAACUGUAGAUUAUGUCGCACUACUCUUGGUUAAUGCGAAAGAAAGAUGAUAUUCAUUGUGAAAUGAUUUUGCUCAUAAUGUAUCUUUAAUAUCUGUAAUUCCAGGAUGUAUAUUACCUUCUUUCAAGUAAAGGUUAAGUGCUUUGCAUUAAACCACAA